UUUCAAAUCCUACCCAGUUCGUAACUGAGUCCAAACCCUUGCCCUACCGGCUCCUCCGCCCUUGAUCACUCCCAUCCUCCGUCCGCAAUGGAGGCCUUGUUCAUGCAGGCUUUCGAACGCCGGGACUGGGUGGAGGGGCAGAUGCGGCAGCAGGUCGCGUCCUUCUCCGAGUACGUCGCCUGCACCCUCCUCGCCGCCGGCAGCCGACCCCCGCCGUGGCUCCUGCCGCACUCCGCCGCCGCCACAAGAACGCGGCAAGGAAAUACUCUAAGAAAGCCAUCUCUAGAUCUUGCUAAUCUAGAAAGGGCAGAUGGUGUUCAUCUUGCACUGCCUAAAAUCCAUCAACUGUCCGAACCAGAAACAGCUGAAUUUGAUGGUGUCAAGCCAGGUAGUGGUAAUAGCACCGGUUGUUCUGAAGUAGAUAAGGAGUGCAAGAAUUGUGAUUCUGAUACUACCCUUACCGAGCUUGCUCCCGUGGACCCUUUGAAUGAAGACCCAUCUUCUACUAAUUCUCUUGAAGCACCAACUUCUGUGGCCAGUCCAUUGCUUGAGAAUGAUUCGUUGCAGUCUGUUAAACCUAAUUUUCUGGAAGGAAUUGUCUCCGUGCCCGAACCGCUGCCUGAAAAGGAUGCAGUACAAGUACACACUACUGAAACUGAUUAUCCUGAAGGACCACAUUCCACAGCCAGUCUCCUGCUUGAGAAGGAAGCCAUAUGCUCUAAUGAAGUUAAUUUUCUGGACGGACCCCCUUCUAUCUGUCUAUUGCUUGCUAAGGAACCAGAGCACACAUCUGAACUUGAUUCUCCUGAAGAACUGCAUGAAAAUGCUAUAUCACACGAUGUUAGAACUAGUUCUCUUGAAGGACCUCAUCCUAUGGCCAGUCUAUCUUGUGAAAAGGAAACAGUGCAUACUUCCGAAGCCUCUUUUCUUGAAGGUCCUCAAUGUGUGGCCAGUCCACUGCUUGAAAGCGAGCAAUUAUACACAGUUGAGCAUACUGAACAAUUAAAGAACAGCUAUUUGAAUAGAAGCAUCGAUCGAUGUCCCACCAGUCAUGAACAAGAGAGCUCAGAAUUUAUACUUCCUCCUUCGUGCUAUGUAUCUUCUUCGCGACCUGCUGCUCAGCUAGCCGACACUACUUCUGGGGAUCAAGAAAGGUUGGGAAUGCUGCAAAAUAAUAUGUUAGAUGAUGGCUAUGGGUGCUCCCCUCAUCCCAAGGAAAAUGCUAUGGAAGAUGGCGGUGGACACUACUCACAUUCAGAGUUAGAUGGGGCAUUAAGCACAUGCUCCUUGCAAAAGUCUGGCGAUGAUAACGUUUAUCAGAACAAAGUUGUUUCUUCAGGAACAAUUAGCGACAAUGAUUCCAAUAGUGCCAAUGCUUUAGAUGCCUUGAUAUCCCCGCAGAAUGAAUUGUGUCAGAUGCAAUCUUCAGUUCAUAAACUAUCUUCUCGAUAUUGUAGGACAGGUACAGUUGCGGAUACAUGCAUUGUGUUUUCUCCUCUGUCCACAUCAAAUAAGAGACCUGGAAGAGAACCAGCAAUAGAUUCAACCAACUGCCACCUAAAACAGUCUGGUCCUGCUGAGGGAAAACUUUUUGUUCAGAGUGAAGAAUGUGAUAACAUGGACAAAUCCGUGACACCAGUAGUAGCACAGGAAGUUCAUUUAAGUGCCAAUUCUUCCCCUGGAAGGUGUUCUGCUAGCCCCUCAGAUGUUAUUUGCUCUAACUCUCGAAGUAUGAAAGCUUCAUUGUGUAUUGGCAGCACUCCUAGUUCUAACUUAUCAUUAGUUCCUCAAUCAGAUUCUUUGGAAAACAACCUCGAUGCAGUAAGCAAUUCUUCGCCUAGCUGCUCUGAUGCUUUACCUGAUGUUGUUGCAUGCUGCAUAAGGAAGGCAAUUUCUUGCUUCAAAUAUCCUGACGCGGAUGUAAGAAUAGCCACAGUACAAGACAAGGUGGUGACUGAGAUAGAUUAUCUUGCUUACGAAAGUGGAGUAUUGAAACCAGAAAAUUAUCCCAUCACCACUUCGCCAACUACUUUCACAAGCUGUGCUUUAUUUCAGCAGAAUCAACAGGCCCGUGCUUCAAAUGAAUCAGUUCUGGAGAAACUUAAUUAUGACUCCAAUCUUGUAAUUGAUGAGAAAGAUAUUGAUGAAGGACUGCAAGUGUCUGAUGGUGCUAUUCCUCGGGAAAACGAUGAUAAUUAUGUUGACUAUGAUGAAACUAUGCAAAGCUUUAGCAUCACUGUUCCGUCGAAAGCCAGGAGUCCAACUAUCAAAGAAAGGGCAUUUGCAGGACUUUGUGAUUCUACAAAAUUGAUUAACCUGAGCACCAGUCUCUCUGCGAAGUAUAAGAUGGACAAUAAAAUGAGUGGUCAUUAUCAAGCAUUGUCAGCUAGGUUCAAGAAACUUAUUGACCCGUCCUCAAUCAAUUCUGUUGACACUAAAUGGCAUGAUCCAAGUUACGAUGUCAACAAAUUGGGAGUUUCUGGUAAAUAUAGUUUGGAACUCGAUGGUUCUUUUCGGAUGUCCAAUGUCCUUAGUUUUGAUACAGCAAAUUCUAUUAGUGUUCAAGAGGAUUGCGAAAUUCCUUUGACCCCAUCAGUUGAAAAGUAUAGCCUGGAAAAGCUGUCAGGAAGAACCAGAUCUAACUCAGGGUGUAUGGGUUCUAUACCAGGACUUGCAUGCUUCAAAAUUGAUGAAGCUAGCAGCAUGGCAGAAGAAAAUGAAAACAGAGAGAUAUUACCUAGAUGUCCUGGUAGAAAUUAUUCAAGCCAAGGCCUGACUGGAAGAAAACCACUUGAGCAUGUUAGUAGCUUCUAUCAAAGCAGAGAAAAUUCUGCCUCUUUGUCCACAAGAUAUGUGGAUGUAGGCAGGCUAGGCUUGACAACCACAAAAGUUUACACUAGGAACCCUGAUUAUCAUUUGCAUCUCAGCAUUAAUGAAGCCAUCAAAAACCCAAAGGAGAACUGUGCUCCUUCAAUUAAGAAAGGAAAAGCACCACAUCCCCUCUAUGAUAGAGCAAGUCGGACAGGACUUCUGAGCAGCAAAAAUAUAAGACACAGAAGUGAGGAAAAUCUUGAGAAAGGAUGGAAACCUAGUAAUAUUAUCAAUAACAUGAAAUCAUUUGUACCACUGGUAAAACAGCAGCAAAAAUCUACAAUGACAUGUGUGAAAAAAGAUGUUAGAGUGAAGGCACUUGAGGCAGCAGAAGCUGCAAAGCGUCGUCAACAGAAGAAGCAAAAUGAGCGUCACAUGCGCAAAGCAGCUGCCGAACUAGAGCGUGUAAGACUAAAGCAAGAGAGAGAACAAAGACAAAAACAAAAGGAGGUGGAACAGAAGAAGAAAAUAGAUGCAGAUGAUGUUACUAGGAAGAGGCUAAGAGAAGAUGAUGAGAAGAAAGAGAAGGAGAGGAAAAAGAAACGCGCUGAAGAGGCAUGGAAGCCAGAGCAGCGGAUGGAAUGGAUUCAUGCUGCAAAUGGCGAAAAAGACGAUUGUUGGAAGAGUUCUGAUGACAAUGAGCCAAGAAAUGAUUGUGUUGGAGUGAAACAUGAAUCAAUACCUGAUGGAAGGACAGAAUCUGUUUAUAAUUUUAUAGCAUCUGAAAACCACAACCUGAAGUCUGUGGUUGCAGAUGGGAGGUCUGAAAGUUCUAUACUUCAGGUGCAAGAAAGCUUCUCAGGUGAUAUUGAUGAGUCCUAUGAAAUGUCACCUUAUAAAGAUUCUGAUGAAGAGGAUGACGAUGACCCGGAUCAAGAAGAAGUAAGGCGAAGGAAGUUCAUUCCUUCAUGGUCUCAGGAUGAAAAUUUGGAUAAAAUCUUAUUGUCCAAUCUGCCUUUGGACCCCGCAGAAAUCUUUGCGCGCAAAUGCUCUUUCAAAUUAUCUGAUGUCCUUGCACACCACAUUCCUCAACGGCAAUUCAGUUAGUCACCUGUUUUGCAUCCACUGUACAAAUGAUAAUCAUGGUUGCUCCUUCUGCAAUGAUGCCUGCUGUAAGCCUGUAAUGUACUUGUGAGUUUUAUCAAAAUUUUGUACAGUUCCCUAUAUCUUACAAAUUGCAGAACUACUCAAGGUAUGUCGGGAACUAUAUUACCCAAGAUCCAAAGAGACAAGUUUCUGCAUACGCAACCUGUUAGCCUAGUUGCUGGGAUCCAGAUGGAUCUGGGACUGGUGGUUUUAGCCUUUAGCUUCUCUUGUAGAACGACUUCCCUAAAUAAAAUUUUCUUGCGCAGUUAUCAACAAA